CGUUGUCAUACUCGUGAUUUCAUAACACGCCAUUUUCUUUGUGUAAAGUGCUGGAGAGGAGGAUUUUCGUGUCGUAUUUUGUAUCGAGUCCAGCAAAAGAAAUGGCAUCCCGCAAGAAAGUCUUGUUGAAAGUUAUUAUUCUUGGGGAUUCAGGAGUUGGAAAAACUUCUUUGAUGAAUCAAUAUGUCAAUAAGAAAUUUAGUAACCAAUAUAAAGCUACGAUAGGGGCAGAUUUUUUGACUAAAGAAGUGAUGGUGGAAGAUAGAAUAGUUACCAUGCAGAUUUGGGAUACUGCCGGACAAGAAAGGUUUCAAUCAUUAGGAGUGGCAUUUUAUCGAGGUGCAGACUGCUGUGUGCUAGUAUUUGAUGUGUCUGCUCCAACUAGCUUUAAAUCUCUUGAUUCAUGGAGAGAUGAAUUUUUGAUUCAAGCUUCACCUCGGGAUCCAGAUAAUUUUCCAUUUGUUGUUCUCGGAAAUAAAGUAGAUCUUGAGUCAAGAGCAGUAUCAAGCAAGAGAGCACAGCAAUGGUGUCAGUCAAAGAACAAUAUUCCAUACUUUGAAACUAGUGCAAAAGAAGCUAUUAAUGUUGAGCAAGCUUUCCAAACGAUAGCUAAAAAUGCUUUAGCUCAAGAAAGUGAAGUUGAACUUUACAAUGAAUUCCCGGAUCAAAUCAAAUUGACUAAUGACCAAAGAAGCAAUGGCAAAGGUGAUUCAUGUGCUUGCUAGGUCUUGGAGUAGUGGUAAUCUUGGUUGACUAUAAAGAUGCACAGGUCAGAUUGUACAUUCGUGUGCCUGCGCAUGAAGGACGUGGAGAAUAUAUUGCGAUGAGCUUUGUGUGUGCAGGAAGUCACAAGAAUAUAUUUCUUUAUCUUAAUGUAUCAUACAAUCUUAUGUCCACAAGAUAUCUCAAUAUUCUCAAAAUAGUUCUGUUAAAACGGUCAUUAGCGUAUGGUAAACAUAACAAAGUAAAUCAUACAUAAAGGAAUGUGUACAAAACUAUUGAUAUAUAAUUGUUUUUAUAAACAUGUGGGGGUAAGGUAUAUUUAUCCGACUUCCUGACUAAAUAUCACAAUUCUAAAUCAGUACACUCUCGUUGGAUUUAACUUGUCACACAUGGAUUCCUACCUCUAUGUUAUUCUGUAGAUUGGAGAUUUACAUUUCAUUUUUAGGUAGUAUAAUGCUCUCUUAUUAGCAAAGCAUAUAAAUUAUCAUUUUUAUUUAGGUUCUUGAUGAUUAGCAAAUUUUUCAACGAAACGAUAUAUCGAGAUUUUUAAAUGAUAGUGGCUAUUUAUUGCACUAGA